AUGCUGUGGGUGGGAACGCAACAACAAGCCGAAUCGACGGGAAGGACAACACAGACCCAGCCAGGCGAGUCUCAGGAAACGCAGCUGAAGGAUACUUCCGAACAAAGAAAUGGUACAGCAAAAAGCGGCCAAAGUAACGCUGAGUGGAGAACGGUUGGAAAACUGAGUACCACUCCGGAAGAAGUGGAAAGCAGCAGGGUAGCGACGUCACAGACCCAGAAAGACACGUUCAGCAGACAGGAGGAACUCAAAGCAGGACUAAAAGCGCAGUCGAAACCCAACAGGAGCUCUAGAGAACAUAAGGCAGCGGAGGUGGAGCAGGACACUAGCAGGAGCUCAGGAGAACAUAAGGCAGUGGAGGUGGAGCCGGAUACUGAAGAGAAGCUAGAAUCUGGAACAGGGGGCAAAAGAGAUAAAGGGAGAGGGGAGGAAUGGCACGGGAGUACCAUUUCGGAAGCAAUUAAAGAAGCAAUGAGGCAGAGUUCACAGGCGAUGACGAAACACAGGGGCCUAAUUGAGAAAUUGGUGUCUGAAAGAUAUACCGAAGUCGAUCAAAGCGCUUUCGAGAAAUGCAGCAAACUCAAAUUGAGUCAAUACCAAAAAGAGCACCGUACCGGUAAUGAGGUGACGCGGGACUGUGGACUGCAAGAGAUGAGUACUCCUAUGGCGGGUAACUGGCAAUGGCUUUGUUAA